AUGUCAUCUGUUAACAUUGCAAUUAAUCAAUUAAGCACAGCAACAACAACAGUUGUUCUUGUUUUGUUAUGUUUGGCAUUUGUAUUUGGUUUAGUUGGUCUUAUUCUUAAUAUAAUUGUCUUCACUCGACCAAAUUUACGUAAUGAACCAUGUUCAUUUUAUUUCUUAUCGUCAACAUAUUUUAAUUUAUUUUUCGUUAUAAUUAUCAUACCUGUACGUAUCCUUUCAAAUAGUUUCAACAUAGACUUAGCCUAUUAUUAUAUCGGUAUAUGUAAAAUCGAAUAUUUUGCAUUUUAUUCAGUACGUACCAUAUCUUGCUGGUUAAUUGCCAUCGCUUGUAUUGAUCGAUAUUUUCACAGUUCAAAAAGUGUUCAUAUUCGACAAAUAAGUUCAUUAAAAACAGCCAAACGAACAACUUUUGUUAUUAUUCUAUUCAUUCCUAUUUGCUAUAGUCAUAUGAUUGUUUAUAUGAAUAUCAAAUAUACACCAAAUCAAUCGGGAAAUCUUGCACCGAGUUGUAAUUCAGACAAUGAAAUUCAUCGUUCAUUUCUCGUGAUUUGGUAUAUGACUUUGUAUUCAUUUUGUCCAUCGUUUCUUAUGACUUUCUUCGGUUUACUUACUUUACGUAAUAUUCGAGAGCAUUGUCAAACAAUAACAAGAAUAACUAAAAAUAAUCCAAUCAAUCGACGCACAGAUAGGCAAGUGUUACAUAUGUUAACUGCUCAAGUUUUUAUUAUUAUUAUCACGACAUUACCACAAUCAAUUANAACACCUGAUCCGCGAUGA